UGGCAUCCAGAGUACAUGUCCCAGUCAUGUCCAGCCCCAUCUUUCAGCUCUAGCACAAAGGAGUUCCCGACAGAUGAUAGUAGCUGUCCGCCUUCGAUACUGAGGAAAAGGCCACMUGUGGACCAAGCAGCAGGGGAAAAGCGAAAAGCAGAGAGAAGAGUGCGAUUUCGUGAGCCAGAAGAAGUCAUUGAACAUGCCAUUUCCUACUGUGACUACRUAGUGGUACAUGACAGGUCAUCAUCUGGAUUGCCUGUGUUCCUGUGGCUCUCAUUUUGUGCCGUGCUGAUCUUGGCUGUGAGUCUCUACUACACCAGCAUGAAGAAAGAUUUAAAAGUCCUGGAAGAAUUUCAAUCCCGGCUCGUUAUCUUCUUUCUUCAGAUAAGACACAUUGCUCAGAAAUGCUGGACUUGGUUUAUGAGGCAGUAACAACCUUCUCAGGUUACAAGAGGCUUGACGAGCAUCAAUGAACACUGCUCACCAGCACCAGCCACAAAAUUUACCCAGUCUGCUCCAGUUAUAUGUCAGGGAAGGUAUGAGCACCCACCUUGAGGAUAAAACCAC